AUGGUGACGUGCUGUCAUGCUCUUUAUUACCCUGUAAAUUCUUCAAAGAAAAUGAUACUAUACAGGCGAUGCAAGAGAAAACAGAAAGCGAAGUUUUCAGCGUUCUUAAAAAAACGUGGGCCCGUAUCUGACUUAUUGUCUGAAAUUACAACUGAACACGAAUCUUACGCAAACUUUUUAGUGCAAGAAUAUUCUCUUAAUGCUGCAACUAAUCAUGAAGUAGCUGUACGAAAACUUAAUGAAAAAUUCCGGGUGUUCGGAAAAGAUGAUGAGUUCUUUCAGGUAGUUUUCUUAGCGUUUCGGAAACUUGUCGAAAACUCGGCCAAGCUUCCAAAUGCUCACAUUGUAACUACCGUAAUAACAGUUGCAGGUAAGCGAGGAUACUUAAGCGAAGCUGAUUUUGCUUUCGGGUGGAGUCAAACUUCAUGUGAUAGUAAAUUAGUAAGACCAACCGCAUUCACAUAUACGGCCUAUAUUCAAGCAAUUGGUCAGAACGUCAGAGGUGAUAGUUGGGUUUUAGCUUUUGAUAUUUUCGAUGAUAUGAUAAGUAACGGACUUAUUCCGAAUGUUUUUACAUACAGUGCGCUUAUUCGGACAGGUGUACGUGGUGGGAAAAAUGGUGCGCAAAGAGCUUUAUUGCUAAUUCCAAGGAUGAGAGAAAAUGAUAUUGAACCAGAUCUACCUGUCAUUAGUGCUCUGGUGAGUGCUUUCGGAGCGGCAAAUAAUAUCGAUGGAGUUCGUUCGGCUACGCACUCUGCUCUGAAAUUUGAGAAGUUGGAUGGUCGCCUCUUCGUUGAUAUAAUCUGUGCUUUCACAUCCUGUAGAGCAUACCAGGAAGCUCUUGAUAUUUUUCACUCUUCAAAAUGUCCAAAAAAUAUUCAAACCUGUACUGCAAUAAUGCAAGCAUACAUAAAUUCCGGAAAGGUCAAAGAUGCAGAGCAAAUAUACAAUAGAAUGAGGAUCGAUAGAUCUGAAGGUGGCUAUGGAUUUCUACCGAAUGCACGAGCUCACACGACCAUGUUAAAUGGAUAUGAAAAGUCUUUAAUGUCGAGCAGCGCAGUGAAUCUUCUGAGAAAGUUGGAACAAUUUAACAUGGUGAAUAACAAGGAAGAAUUCGUACCAAAUGAAAUCCAUUAUAAUGUAGUGUUAAGUGCGUGUGGGAAAUGUGGAGAAUGGUCUACCGCUGAAAGUAUAUUCCACUCUAUGCGUGCUCGUGGUGUACCAACUACAUCUAUCACGUUCAGUACUCUAAUUACAGCUUACGGAAGAAGUGGUGAAACAUUUCGUGCUCGCUGCUUGUACAAUCUUAUGCGAAAGGAAGGUAUUUUUCCAGAUGACUAUUCUUUCGUUGGUCUUAUCCUUGGGCAUGCUGUAAAGCAUGAUUUAAGAGCUGCACUGGAUGUGAGAAAUCUCAUGGCUUCUGAAAAUAUAUCAGAGACUAUUCAUACUUACAAUGCCCUAAUUUAUGCUGCUGACAUAUGUGGUGAUUAUGAGAAAGUAGUUAGCUUAUAUGAGUUGAUGCUCCGAUCCAAUCUUGAACCAAACGAGACCACGCACGAGCUUGUUGUGAACGUUGGUAAGAAAGGGGCGAAGUUCUAUGAAGAAACGCAAUUGGCUGCGAAUGUUGCUUCAGCAGCAGCUGGGCUUGUUGGAGUAGUUGGGAUGGCACUCGGUCGUUGGUAA